AUGGAAAAAAAGAUUCUAGAUGUGACCAGUUUUUGGGAUGAAGUCAAAAAGUCGAAAGAAGAAGAAACUGCUAUUCAAACUGUCUCAUUAAGAUACCUCAGCAUAUUCAGAAAAAUAGAAGUAUUACCGAAGGUGUUAAUUUACAAACUCCUCAAAAGUGAAAAAAUGAGAUUGAAGGAAUUGAAUUAUCAAACAAGAAAGAGCAUGAAGAUUACUUCUUAUAAUAGUCCUAUAUUAGAAUUGCCUAAUGAUCCGCUUGAAGUAUCAGAAUAUAACUCAUCUUUAGCUAAUAAAACUUCAUUAUCUGAGUUUAAUCAGAAGCUUAAUGAUAAAGAUGCAAGUAAUGUGGAUAUUGUUUAUAACAAAAAAAUAAUACGAGAUGCAUAUUUAAGAAUGAGACAGGAUUUAUAUGAGUAUUCUUCACAAAAAAAUUGA